GUGGUCCAGGAGAGGGGGGAAGGCAGCAAAUCCUGGGCCCUGCCCCUGCAGAGCUUUCGGUGGCGAAUUCUUUUUUUAAUUUAAAAUGCGAAGGCACCGGAUGGAGCCUGACGCGCAGGCACGCACACACACAUACACACACACACAUACACUCAGAGGCAGAUUUUUGUGUUGCUGAGUAUUUGGGGGGGUGCUUGCCCGUGACAGCGGGCUCCAGGGCCCCGAGGGGGUGUGGGGGGCCGCUGGGCGGACGGUGAUAGGAUUAGGGGUCAAACGCCCGAAGUCCUCGCGGGGCCGGGGCUGGGGAGGCGGCAGGGGACGGCGACUUGGCAUUUGGGCUGCUUUGCACGCAGGGUUCCUGGUGAGCAGAGUGGCUUUGGAACAUGUCGCAGUAACAUGCUUAAAAUUCUUGACAACUGCUCAAUAAACGGCUAGUUUCAUUUUCCUCACCCCUCCCCUUCCUGCCCCUGCGUGUUUAUUUUGACUUGGGGGGGGGAGAGUAUCAGGGGCCGCGUCAGGCCUGCAGAAAUCCACGCUCCAGCCCACGUCCACAGCUAAGCAGCUUUGGGUGCAUGAAGACAGAGCAGGGCCUUAUGUCAUUCCCACCUGGAGGCCGCGGCGCUGGCUCGGUUUUUUUUUUUUUUUUUUUACGCCAUGUCCCCUCCCUUUUCCCUUGCAAGAUAUAACACGUGGGAGCCCGAGGAGAACAUCCUGGACCCCCGGCUGCUGAUUGCCUUCCAGAACAGGGAGCGGCAGGAGCAGCUGAUGGGAUAUCGCAAGAGAGGCCCGAAGCCCAAGCCGCUGGUGGUGCAGGUGCCUACCUUUGCCAGGCGCUCCAAUGUGCUGAGCGGACUCCAGGACUCCUCCACGGACAACCGCAGCGCCAAGCUGGACCUGGGCGCCCAGGGCAAGGGCCAGGGGCACCAGUACGAGCUCAACAGCAAGAAGCAUCACCAGUACCAGCCGCACAGCAAGGAGCGGGCGGGCAAGCCCCCGCCGCCCAGCAAGAGCAGCAAGUACUACUACCAGCUCAACAGCAAGAAGCACCACCCCUACCAGCCGGACCCCAAGAUGUACGACCUGCAGUACCAGGGCGGCCACAAGGAGGCGCCCAGCCCCACCUGCCCGGACCUGGGUGCCAAGAGCCACGCGCCAGACAAGUGGGCCCACGGGGCGGGGGCCAAGGGCUACCUGGGAGCCGUGAAGCCUCUGGCCGGCGCUGCCGGGGCUCCGGGCAAGGGCUCUGAGAAGGCGCCCCCCAACGGCAUGACGCCCGCCCCCAAGGAGGCGGUGACCGGCAACGGGAUCGGGGGCAAGAUGAAGAUCGUCAAGAACAAGAACAAGAACGGGCGCAUCGUGAUCGUGAUGAGCAAGUACAUGGAGAACGGCAUGCAGGCGGUGAAGAUCAAGUCGGGGGAGGCGGCGGAGGGCGAGGCGCGCGCCCCCAGCCACAAGAAGCGCGCCUCCGAGGAGCGCCACCCCCCAUCGGACAGGACUUUCAAAAAGGCGGCAGGGGCGGCGGCGGAGGAGAAGAAGGCGCAGGCUCCCUUUAAGAGGCGGGAGGAGGAGGCCCUGGGCCCCGGCGAGCCGCAGCCGCAGAACUCCGGGUCCCGCAAGCUCUCCCCAACCAAGGAGGCCUUCGGCGAGCAGCCGCUGCAGCUCACCACCAAGCCCGACCCUGCCUGGGACUCGGCCCGGAGCGCGCACGCGCCCUCCCACCACCACCACCACCACCAUCACCACCACCACCACCACGCGGUGGGCCUCAACCUCUCCCACGCGCGCAAGCGCUGCCUCUCGGAGACCCACGGGGAGCGCGAGCCCUGCAAGAAGCGGCUGACGGCGCGCAGUAUCAGCACCCCCACCUGCCUGGCGGGAAGCCCGGCCGCCGAGCGCCCCGCCGACGUGCCCCCAGCCGCGCUCCCGCAGCCCGAGGUCAUCCUGCUGGACUCGGACCUGGACGAGCCCAUAGACUUGCGCUGCGUCAAGACGCGCGGCGAGGCCGGGGCGCUGCCUGGAGGCCUCCGAGUGAAGCCCGAGGCGCCCGCGGCUGCGGCGGUGACGGCUGCGCCGGGGGCGGUGGCGGCGGAGAAGCCCCCUGCCGAGGCCCAGGACGAGCCCGAGGAGCCGCUGAGCGAGUUCAAGCCCUUCUUUGGGAAUAUAAUUAUCACCGACGUCACCGCGAACUGCCUCACCGUCACUUUCAAGGAGUAUGUGACGGUGUAGCGGGAGGUGCAGUCCCGCCCGCGGCUGCACCGGCUCAGCGCCCGGGGGCGGCGACUCCUCUCUCAACUUCCUGGGGAGCCAGGCCGGCCCCCAGCUCCAGGGACGCCCGAAGCCGCAGUCACGCGCCCCCUGUACCCAGCUGCGGGGUCCUGGCUGGGACUGGGGCGGCCGGCCGCCUCCGUGGGAACUGGCGCCGAGCGCGCGGAGCCUGCGGGUCUGGGCCCCUCCCCGCGGCCCGGGACCGCCGGCAGCCAGCCGCCCGGGAGGCAUAGUAUUAUAUUUUAACCCGCUAACGUGUCAGUGCAGACUCCACUCCCGUUUGUACGUGGUGUUAUUAUGGAAAUGUAUUGUUUGAGCUCCGAAGGCCCGGCCACCCCGUCGGGCUGAUAUAUCUAUAUUUAUUUGUAGGUAUUUAUAUAUUGAAAUAUAAAAGCCUAGAUUUAUGGAGUUCCUCUAGAUCAUGGUAUAUUCUCUCACACAGACCCGCUUCUGUUGGCCCUCUGCCCGCGCGGUCAGUAUUUCGGUUGCGUUCAUGUCCGCCCCUCCCAGGAACUGCAGUAUCGGUGACCUUGGUAUAUAUUUUUUGAUACCGUACACAUGGGUGUGUUGUUUCUAUGUGCAAAAGGAAAAAAAGAAAAAGUUUGUUAAAUGGCUACGCGAGCGCUCUAGACUAAACUGCUGCUGCUAGAACUGUCUGAACUCUAAGCUUCCGAUCUUACCUGCUUGAAUGUACAUAUUAAAUGGAGAUGUUGAAGGUG